AUGCUAAGGGACAUCAUCCUGCCCAUGAUGGAAACAGAUGGCUGGGAAUGGCUGGUAUCUGCAGUUCAACAGCUGAUAUCCUGGGGGGCUUCAGCAGCCAUGAUGUUUGGUGGUGUAGUGCCAUACAUCCCUCAAUACCGAGAUAUUAAAAGAACACAGAACGCAGAGGGCUUUUCAACCUACGUGUGUUUAGUAUUAUUAAUUGCAAACAUUUUAAGGAUACUCUUUUGGUUUGGGAGACAUUUUGAGUCACCUUUACUAUUGCAAAGCAUUAUAAUGAUAGCCACAAUGUUAUUGAUGCUGAAAUUGUGCACUGAAGUACGUGUGGCCAAUGAGUUGAAUAUAAAACGACGUUCCUUUUCAGCUGCAGAUAGUAAGGAUGAAGAAAUCAAAACAGCUCCCAAGAGAAUCUUUCUAGAUUUUGACUUGAACUCUUUCUGGCACUGGAACAAGUUUGCAGAUUAUGUGCAGUGCGUUCUGGCUUUCACUGGGGUAACAGGAUGCGUCACUUACCUUUCCCUUGACUCCAGUAUCUUUGUUGAAACCCUGGGUUUCCUUGCUGUUUUCAUUGAAGCCAUGGUGGGUAUCCCGCAGCUCUACCGUAAUUAUCAGAAUAGGUCAACUGAAGGAAUGAGGCUGGGGAAUCCAUAUAUAGACUGA